AUGGAUAGCGAUACACUCACCGGAUUAUUGAAAACCGUCGCCAGAAAAUUCCCCGAUCGGCGAGCGCUCUCGGUUUCUGGAAAAUUAGAUCUCACUCACUCGCGUCUUCAUGAUCUAAUCGAACGCACCGCCUCACGCCUUGUCUCCGCCGCAGGAAUCAAGCCCGGAGAUGUGGUGGCUCUCACCUUCCCUAACACCGUCGAGUUUGUGAUAAUGUUUUUGGCGGUGAUAAGAGCUCGGGCCACGGCGGCGCCGUUGAACGCGGCGUACACCGCGGAGGAAUUCGAGUUUUACCUCUCCGAUUCAGAUUCAAAGCUAUUGCUAACCUCUAAAGAAGGAAACGGACCGGCUCAAGAGGCAGCUUCGAAGCUGAACAUCUCUCACGUCACCGCCACCCUCCUGGACUCCGGCUCGGACCUUGCUCUCUCCGUGGCGGAUUCCGACUCGGUCGCUGACUCAGUUUCGGAACUCGUUAACAGCCCGGACGACGCGUCCCUCUUCCUCCACACCUCCGGCACCACGAGCCGUCCGAAGGGUGUACCGCUUACGCAGCUCAAUCUAGCUUCAUCGGUCAGGAACAUUAAAUCGGUGUACAAACUCACCGAGUCUGAUUCGACUGUGAUUGUUCUCCCUCUGUUCCACGUUCAUGGUUUGCUAGCUGGACUUCUCAGCUCGCUCGGAGCUGGUGCUGCCGUGACUCUCCCAGCCGCUGGUCGAUUCUCAGCGACUACUUUUUGGCCUGACAUGAAGAAGUAUAACGCCACGUGGUAUACAGCUGUUCCCACCAUUCAUCAGAUCAUAUUGGACCGCCACGCGAGCCACCCUGAACCGGAAUACCCUAAACUCCGGUUCAUCAGGAGUUGCAGCGCUUCUUUGGCUCCGGUGAUAUUGUCCAGGCUUGAGGAAGCUUUUGGAGCACCAGUUCUGGAGGCCUAUGCAAUGACAGAGGCGACUCACUUGAUGAGCUCAAACCCUUUGCCAGAGGAAGGUCUACACAAGCCGGGGUCUGUUGGGAAACCGGUAGGUCAAGAAAUGGUGAUCCUUAACGAGAAAGGUGAGAUACAAGAGCCGAAUAGCAAGGGAGAGGUUUGUUUAAGAGGUCCAAAUGUGACAAAGGGUUACAAGAACAACCCAGAGGCCAACAAGGCAGGUUUUGAGUUUGGGUGGUUCCACACCGGUGAUAUCGGUUUCUUUGAUUCUGAUGGGUAUUUGCAUCUGGUGGGUCGGAUCAAAGAGCUUAUCAACCGUGGAGGUGAGAAGAUUUCCCCAAUUGAAGUGGACGCAGUGCUCUUAACACAUCCUGACGUUUCUCAGGGAGUUGCGUUCGGGGUCCCUGAUGAGAAAUAUGGCGAGGAGAUUAACUGUGCGGUGAUUCCAAGAGACGGAACAAGUGUGACCGAAGAGGACAUUAAAGCGUUUUGUAAGAAGAAUUUGGCAGCUUUCAAGGUGCCAAAGAGAGUGUUCAUCACUGAUAACCUUCCCAAAACUGCCUCGGGUAAGAUUCAGCGCCGUAUCGUCGCGCAGCAUUUCCUUGAAAAACCCUAA